UCUCCCCCAAAAAUAAAAAUUUCCCAAAAAUAAAAGCCAAUCCCAAAACCAGCAAGCCUCCCCUCCCAUUGACUCCUCCGCCUCCUCCUCCUCCUCGCCGGCGACAACCGCGGGGCCCGCUCCCGGAGCUCGGUCCUCGCCCAGCCGCGCGCGGACGGACGGACGGACGGACGGACCCAGCCCAGCCCCCUCCCCUCCUUUCCUGGGACGGAGCCGGAGGCCACAGACGGGAGCGCCGGGUAAGGUAUGCAGAGCCAGAUCGUGUGCCAUGGCUGCCGGAGCGUCCUGCGGUACCCGAGCGGGGCGCCCAGCGUGUGCUGCGCGCUCUGCCAGGCCAUCACCACCGUGCCGCCCCCAGCCCCAGUAUUGGAAAUGGCUCAUCUAAUAUGUGGUGGUUGCCGAACAUUGUUGAUGUAUACUCGCAAUGCAGACACUGUGAGAUGUUCAUGUUGCAGCACAGUAAAUCUAGUUAGACCAGUGAAUAAUAUAGCACAUGUGAGCUGUGGCCAGUGCCGGACAACUUUGAUGUAUCCGUAUGGAGCACCUUCUGUCAAAUGUGCCAUAUGCCAUUAUAUCACAAACACUGGAAUAAGUACCAUGGCACCCGCACCAUCCCCAAUGCCUGCAUCAAGUGGAUCUUCAUAUAAUGCCCCAUCAACUUCAGUUUCUACAUCUCGGCCCCAGAAUGUAACUGUUGUUGUUGAAAACCCUAUGACUGUCGAUGAGAAGGGUAAACUGGUUAGCAAUGUUGUGGUUGGAGUUACAACUGGGAAAUAGCGGAUUAUUAUCUGCACCUUAUUACAUCCUCGAUUUGUAUUAAAUACGAGAUGGAAAUACCAUGUAUUACACUGGUGUUUGGUUGACCAUGAAGAACAAAAGUGCAAGUGGUUUUGGAAUCAUGUAAAGGAAAGCAUGAACGCCUAAAGUUGUAUUUUGUAUCUGUUGGUUAUUUUUUUUAUGUAUAUGAGAUCUGUUAGCCUUCACCAUGAGAUCAAAGAGAUGAUGGAAUGACAAAGUAGUGUCCUGUAGUUGUGCAUGUCGUGUGAACUGUAGUGUGUUACUCAUUCAUAUUCAUAGUGUGUUACUCAUUCAUAUUCAUAGUGUGUUACUUCUGUUUAUAAGUCAAAUUUUGAACUUUGAACUUGAUCCUA